AUGCUAGGUCUUCGAAACGCACCAAUUGGGCUAAAAUCAGUAAAAGGCUUGCAAAUUCUUUCCAAGCGCUCAAAACCGUCAUGGAAUGCUGGAUUUACCUUUAGACUACGUUCCACAUCUGCUAAGGACAAGACCAACGCUGUUUUCACCGCAGAACAAUUGAAAGAAGCGCAAGAAGCACGUCUCAAGGGAUUAGAACCGUAUGUUUCAAAGCUGCCUGCCAAGAUUAUACCUUACGCUGAGCUGAUGCGUUUGGAAAGACCGGUAGGCACAUGGUUAUUGUACAUCCCCUGCACUUGGUCAAUCACGAUGGCUGCUACUCAAACCUUGGCACCCGUAUCGACGACCUUGUGGACCUUGUUUCUGUUUGGAACCGGUGCAUUGAUAAUGAGAGGCGCUGGUUGCACGAUCAAUGAUCUUUUGGACCGUAAACUUGACGAUAAGGUUAUCAGAACGGUGGAAAGACCCAUUGCAGCCGGAAGAGUCACUCCAAAGCAAGCAGUGACAUUCUUGGGGGCUCAAACUGCUGUAGGGGUAGGGAUUCUUUCUCAAUUGCCAGCCGAUUGCUGGUGGUUGGGUCUUUCGUCGCUGCCUCUGGUGUUCACGUAUCCAUUGUUCAAGCGGUUUACAUACUAUCCACAAGUGGCGUUGAGUGCAUGCUUCACAUGGGGUGCGCUUUUAGGGUAUCCUGCCAUGGGUUUAAUGGACUGGCCGGCUAUGCUUCCCUUGUAUGCUAGCAGCUUUCUGUGGUGUAUGAUCUACGAUACUAUUUAUGCACACCAAGACAAGAAAUUCGACAUCAAAGUUGGCAUUAAAUCCACCGCUUUGGCCUGGGGUGACCGGAGUCGUAAAAUAUGUGUUGCCAUGUCUGUGGCCCAAAUGGGAUUGUUAGCAACUGCGGGCGCAACCAGUGGACUACUUAUGGGACCAGGCUUCUUGGCAGGUAUGGCUAUUUUCGGAUACAGACUGUUUUCUAUGGUUUUGAAAGUGGAUCUUGACAACCCUGCGGAUUGCUGGAAGUACUUUACUAGUAACAUUCGUUCCGGGUUGUACUUCAGCGCCGCUUUGUUGUUCGAUUACUUUCUGAAGAUCUUUGGCGUAUUGUGA